GCGUACGACUUCUUUUUUUAGGAAAGAAAAAGAUCCGGCGGGAAGUGAACUCUGGUUUAUUUCGUCUCUUCACUUAGCGAUCAUGUGGUUGUUAAUAUUGUGUCUGGCAGUCAUCGGUCCUUGUGUUGUCGCACGGUGUCCUCCCGAUGUUUUGGUUAUGUACCGCAUGGUUCUACACACAGAGUGGUCUGAAGAAAACUUUCCAAAACAGUAUCCCGAGUGGAGGCCACCAGCGCAGUGGUCAGUCGUCUUAGGUCGCAGUCACAACUCAAGUGGUGUCCUAUGGAAACUUGGUAAAAUAGCAUCAGAUUCAGUGAAGAUGUUUGUAGAAACAGGAAAAGCUGAAAUGCUCAUUCGUGAAGGGGCUGACCAAAAAAGAGGAAUUUUAACAGAAUUCUUCGCACCACCUAUAACAAAAGGGGUUGGAUCAACGGAAACAAAGUUUUUUGUUGAUGCGUCUCAUUCGAAGGUAUCAAUGAUAUGCCGUAUAGUACCAAGUCCUGACUGGUUUAUUGGAGUAGAUAGUUUCGAUUUGUGCAGGGAUGGUCGAUGGAUGGAUGCUGUUACACUUAACUUAGGACCAUUGGAUGGUGGAACCGACUCUGGUUACACAUUCACUUCUCCAAAGUGGGCCACAGAACCUCGAUCUAAUAUUGUGCCUAUCCGGUCUCGAACGCCUGAUCAUCCGGCUGGAUCUUUCUUUUAUCCUGAGCUAGACAGGCUUCCUCGGAUAGCUAAAGCUCGAUUUUUUAAGACGAAGGAAUUUUUUGUAUCAAAAAAGAUCUACAGUAAAAAUAGCCUGAUGGUGAAUUCUGACGCACCCUUCACAACACGUGCAAGUAUAGUCAGCCCUUUGAAUGAGCUUAAAAAAUAUGUAGCACAACAAAAAGGAAAGUUAAGAAAAGAAAAAAAGAGCAUUCGACCAGAAGUUGGAGCUUUUCGAUCAAAAGUAACAUCCACAACAAAAAGCAAAGCAAGAAGUUCUUUAAUUCAUCACCAAAAUCGACCAAAGCCCUGUCGAGUAAGUGAAUGGUCCGAGUGGGGUAGAUGUAGCAACACUUGUGGGUUUGGAGAACAAGUUCGGAAUCGAAAAGUGACACAUUACUCAUUGCGAGGAGGUCGCCCUUGCCCAGCGCUUCAGGAGUCAAAAUGGUGUCGGAGCAAUGAAACAUGUCGGAAUGAAACAGUUCUUUUUUUUCGAUGGCAGUGAAUAAAUCAUGUGA